GUUUAUUUUGGUGCGUAUUUUGUCAGGCGCGCAAUGACACCUUUCCACUUAUGUACAGCCGCGCGCUCUUUGCUAAAGUCUUAUCGACACAGAGCAGUGUUAAAAACGGUCCCUGGACUUAGGGUGUGGGAGUUCAGAAACAUGUAUCCAUGUACUUCCAUCAUCGCAGUGCACAACGGCAUGGAGGAGAUCCUGAGAAAGACAGUGGCCCCAUUGCCCAGCUAUGAGAUGAGAGACAAAUCUCCACCUCCACCUGAAUCCAACAGUCUGGAGUUCAUGCACUUCUACAAGAGUUUAGAGAAAGAGCAAAAGCUGGACUUUCUCGAGAAGCUUUCUCAUGAUUUCGGGGUAGAUCACAGAUGGGCUUCGGACCUGGCUGCGAAGUUGCUGGACACUCAGGGGCGGGAUGUGGCCACCAUCCUGCAGGUGGAGGACAGGUUACGGUACAGUUUAACACCCCGGUACCGACAGCUGCUCACGCACAUCAGCAAGGUUCAGGGCGGGGUGAAGUUUCUGGUGGACCUCAGGGCAGAUCUCAUCGAGUUCGCGUUCUCAAAAAUUAGCGACAGCCCACAUAUGAGGGAUCUGAACAGCACUCUGAAGAGUCUUCUGUCAGAAUGGUUCUCUGUUGGCUUACUCCGACUGGAAAGAAUCACUUGGCAGUCCCCAUGCGAGAUCCUUCAGAAGAUCAGCCAGUACGAGGCGGUCCAUCCUGUGCGGAACUGGACGGAUAUCAAAUGCAGAGUGGGGCCAUACCGGAGAUGUUACGCCUUCACCCACGCCUCCAUGCCUGGAGAGCCACUGGUGGUGCUGCACGUUGCCUUAACUGAGGACAUAGCAAAUAAUAUCCAGGGAAUUGUAAGAGAGUUUUCCACUCUAGACGCGGAUGAAGAUGUUAACAAGAUCAAUGCUGCCAUCUUCUACUCCAUCUCCUCCACUCAGGCUGGAUUGCAGGGGGUGGAGCUUGGAAACUACCUCAUCAAGAGGGUGGUCCGAGAACUGCAGAGUGAAUUUUCUCAUAUGGCCCAGUUCUCCAGUCUGUCUCCCAUCCCUGGCUUCUCCUUAUGGCUACAAGGUGCUCUCGGUCAGCACAAGAAGGAGGGACGUGCCAUAGAGCUCCUGUCUGAGCAGGAGUGGAGGGAGGUGGAGGAUGUGACGGGAGCCGCCCCCGGUGCCCCAGCUCUGGAGGCCCUGCGCAGGCUCAUCAGCACCAGCGAGUGGAUCCGCUCCGACCGCCUGGUCCGCGCUCUGGAACCUGCGCUAAUGCGGCUCUGCACCUGGUAUCUGUACGGAGAGAAACGGCGGGGCUACGCCCUAAACCCUGUGGCCAACUUCCAUCUUCAGAACGGCGCCACCAUGUGGAGGCUGAACUGGCAAGCGGACAUAAGCCCGCGAGGGAUCGCCAACUCUUGCGGCAUAAUGGUUAAUUAUCGCUACUUUUUACAAGAGACCAGCACUAACAGUGCCGCCUACCUGCAGAAUAAAGUCAUCAAGGCUUCGGAGCAGGUGCUGGGACUGGUGACGCAGUUCCAGAAGAACAGCAAACUCUGAGUCAAAUCUGUGGCUCUGCAUUGGGACAAAAUGUGUUGGCACUCAAAUUAAUUUUGAUCAUUUUUGAUAACUCUGAUCUGCACAGGGUGGACAAACACAAUGAAGAUUUAAACGAGCCUUAUGUGGAUCUACGACUGAAACCAGCAAGCCACAUUUCAUUGUUUGUUCAGAGAUGGACAGUUGUACUCUGCUUUUCUGAAAGAUAAUAAUCCAAUUUUAAAGGGAUAGUUCACCCCAAAAUGAAAAUUCUGGCAUCAUAUACACACCCUCAAGUUGUUCUAAACCUGUAUGACUUUCUUUCUUCCUUAGACAAUCGUCCUGCAGCUUUUUCAUCCAGCAGCAGUUCACAAUGACAACAUAAUGUCAUAGAUAAAACUUUAUUAAAAGUAUUAAAAUAGUCCAUAUGAUUUAUCCAUUAUAUUCUGUGAAACCAUACACAUUUUUGUGAAGAAUAAAUAGAGAUUUAAAUCAUUAUUUGCUCUCAAAUUGUUCAUGCAAAUCGCAAAUCGCACUUCUGGCACAGGUUUGAUGUCAUUACGUGCAAGAACCAAUGACAUUUGAUGCUAUUGGUGCCCAACCUGAAUAUUUGAUUUGUGAGCAAUGAUGACUUAAAUAGCUUAAUAUUAUAAAACAAGCUAUCUUAAUAAUACUUUAAGUAUAGUACACAAGUUAUACGGACCACUUUCUUUUAUGAACUUCAUCACUACUGUUGUAUAUGUAGUGCACAUCUAUAACUUGACUAUAGCUUAUAUU